AUGUGGCAUCUUCUUGUUCUUGCCUGUGCCUUGCUGGGGGCUGCGCAGCGGCCCAGUGCCAUUUCAGCGGACAUCAAGGCUCGCGUGGAGGAAGGAGAGGGUGUUCCUUUCUUCGACGAACGCUUCGAUUGCCGUGAGGAUGGAGGCACCUGGAGCCGAUAUCGAGAGCUUGUCGAUUUCGCAAGGCUCCGGGUCUUCGACGAGAAUGGGGGCCGGGAGUUGGCGCGAGAGCUGCAAGCGUUGCUGGCAGAUCGGACCUCCAACGUGUCUUUGGUGCUGCAGUGCAACGUGGGUGUGAUUGCGGGCUACCAUCUCUUGGCCAGGCGGUACGUCGCGGAGGGCGACGACUGGAAGGCCUACCGGCUACUACAGUUGGCUCUGAUCUACGUCUUCACCCUUCGGAAUGCACUGAAGGUGCCGGAGGAGGCGGCUCGAGAUUGGGCCACGCGCACAGAUCACAUUGUGAGCGAGAUCCGCAUUCUCAAGGACCGCCUUUCCUCGGAGCAGCAGAGGCGCUACACGAAGCUGCCUGCGGCAAACGCCACCUUGCGCAUCGAUGGCUUACGCAUAGCCGUUGUCUCAAUUUGCGCUUAUCCCCCGAGUCAUCCUUUGGUUCUCCGGAAUAUCACCCCGAAGAAUCGCAGAGCCUAUGGCGAUCGCCAUGGUUAUGAGGUCUUUGUGCAUUACGAGCACCCUAUGCCCGACAAGGGCGUGCAUAUCCAGCACUCCAAGCUACAGCUGGUUGCAGACUACCUCCGGUACUUUGGAUUCUGUGAUCCACCGCUAUGCGCGGCGAGCCUUGCGGUUGGCACAGAAGCCCAGCAGCACGAACACUGCAAGAAGGCUUACCGUGUUUGA